AUGACGGUGACCACACAUCCCAGAGAUCCUCCUCCAUUGGGAGAAUUAGCUGCUAUCAUCCAACGGUCGCUCCUGGCCAAUUUUGCCAGUGCCUCCGUGAGCGUUGUGGAAUGUCCCGACCUUCGCCAGCCCCCAUUCUACCUGGCCAGCUCUGGUCUAUCAGGGAAUCCAUGCAUCGCUGACGUUGGCGGCCAAGCUAAUCUCUUUCCACGUCCCAACUUUGACGCCAAGUUCAACCUUCGCUCACUGGCCAAAGACAUGCAGAUGACGGAGGGAGAAGGCGGAUUCUUGAUUGGUGCCGGCGCAGCACCCUUCCACGACACUGGCUAUAAUGCCGAGCUCGCAGUGAAUCUUUACACUCCGCCUGGACCUCACGUGGGGACUGGUGACCCAGAUGUUGAUCAAGUAAGGAAUGGGUCUCGCAUUAUUCAAGUCAACCAGGACGGUGAUACGGGACCAGUUCUCAAGAUCACGGCUCGAGCACGGACAGGUGACAAGAAUUUUACCAAUUGCAUUCGGCUUGGCCUAGCAGAUCACUACGGUAACUCGAGACCUAUCAGCCUUGGCGGGGUAUUUCUUUUGAAGGCGGGCAAGGCCAAGUUCCACAUCAUGCCCGACUUUCCCCAGGAGGAUAAUUUGCCAUUCCAAGAUCGUGAACAAUUGGAAAAGAACUGGCUUACGUAUCAUGACUUUGAAGCUCCUGUCAUUUGCUUGAGUGUGAUGCAUAGCUCUGAUCCGGAAGGAUUGGGGUUGCGAAUGGAGCAUACGCACUGCUUUGAGGCAGAUGGUAAUCGGAAAGGAGGGCAUUAUCAUUAUGACUUGCAGGAAGGGGGCGAGGAAGUUGAAUAUGAAGCUUAUCUGAACGUUGCUUCGACUGUUUACCGGAUUGAUCGGCCAGGAGUUUGA